AUGGCGUUUAGCACCAUCGCAGUCAUCUCCAUCGGCGAGAUGGGCCUGGGGAUUGCCCAGCUGCUGAUGGCCCAUCGAUACCGCGUGCUCACGUAUGCAGCGGACCGAAGCGAAGCAACCCAAACCCGCGCCUGGACAGCCGGCAUCGAGCUGAUGCGGUCCCUCGGCGAGCUGGUCGACCAGAGCGACUGCGUCCUGUCGAUUGUGCCCCCGCGAGACGCGCUGCACACGGCGGAGCGAGUCGUCAAGGCCGUUUCUGCGAGCAGACGCCGGCAGACGCCGCUGUACUAUCUCGAUCUGAACGCGACGUCGCCUGGCACCGCUAUCGAGACGGCGCGUUUGUUCGAGGGAGUUUCGUCCCAGGCUGUUCUGAUCGGUGGGGGGAUUAUCGGGGGCGUGCCGUAUCCGCUGCAGCAUGACAAGAAUUCGCAAGAGAAUGGCAAUGCCAGCUCGACAGAUCCACCCUGGCACUGUCCGUCGUUAAUUGUCUCUGGACCACAUCGCCUCCCAGACCAACGGGUCUCACAGAUCCUCAACAUCCGCCAUGUCAGUGAGAAUAUCGGCGCCGCGACGGGCAUCAAGAUGUGCUAUGCCGCCCUGACGAAGGGCUUUGUCGCGCUGUCCAUCCAGUCGUUCACGACCGCGCAUCGACUGGGCGUGCUAUACGAGCUGCGGGGUCUGCUGGAGCAGUACAAUCCGUCGACGCUGCGGCUGGCAGAGAAGGGGCUGGUGACGAUGCCGCCCAAGGCGUACCGCUGGGUGCGAGAGAUGGAGGAGAUAGGCGAGACGAUGGCGGGGAGUGGGUUUGAGAGGGAUCUCGUCAGCCAGGUCUAUCGAACUGUCGCUGAAGAUACUGAAUUGGGCAAGGAGAAGCCUGACCAGAGAGUCCGUGGCCAGACGGUCGAAGAUGUUGUCGAACUCAUCAGUCGUGGUCUGCAGGCUAAAAAGGCGAGAGGAAGGCUGAUGUAG